GCACCAGCACCUACGCUUUGAAGAUCUGAAGUCUCGUCUUGCAAGAGAUCGGUCUCUUGGGUGAUUUGUUUGCUUCCCGGCGAGGGAUGGAGAAACGUAAGCCGGCCGGACUGCUGCCCCCGCGGUCGUGCUACCUCCGCGGCGAGCCCCCGGACCUGCCGGGGUCCCUGCCCCGCCUCCCCCUCGGGGACCCCUUCAGGGUCUCGUGGCGUCUCGACGCCGCGUGCUGGGAGCGGGCGCCCCGGGACUGCGCCGCGAGGCGGUCGUGCCCGCCGCUGCCGCUGGACCGCGCCUUCGAGCCCGCCUUCCUCCGCCGGCGCAACGAGCGCGAGCGGCAGCGGGUACGCUGCGUGAACGAGGGGUACGCGCGCCUGCGAGACCACCUGCCCCGCGAGCUGGCCGACCGGCGGCUCAGCAAGGUGGAGACGCUCCGCGCCGCCAUCGGCUACAUCAAGCACCUCCAGGAGCUGCUGGAGCGCCACGCCCGGGGGCAGGAGGGCCCCGCCGGCACCCGUCCCCCGCGCGCCGCCGAGUGCAACAGCGACGGCGAGUCCAAGGCCUCGUCGGCGCCCUCGCCCUGCAGCGAGCCCGAGGAGGCGGGCAGCUAGCGCGCGCCCGGCCCGGCCCCGGCCCUCCGCGCCCGCUGCAGCCUUGGAGCCCCUCCAAGGGUGGUUUGCAUUUUUGAGCUGGUUUUUUAAUCCAGGGCUAAAUUUUAGGAAAAAGAAAUGCGUGUCUUCCGGCGGGGAACGUGUCUUCUGACCUUCUGGCUGCCACCCCCGCCCCCCGACCCAGGCCCCAAUUGGGUAUGUGCCUGCAGACUUAAAGGUGCUUAUUAAGGAAACUCUCCAACGGUACUUCUCAAAUGCACACUGUACCGGAUCCUGAGCACCUCACUCUAAAAACCCAGAGGGCGAUUGGAAUUUCCCAGUCAGCGCUGUGGGUACGUUAUGCACAUAAAUAUUGACUUCAAGCCAACCUUCACCGAAGAACGUCCCAAAAAUGAAUAAAUAAAAGACAGCCCUUAAGACGAAAGGAACGUUUUUCCUGCAUUCUUUCCUUGGAGAGUUGUAUUUGAGAUUUAAUUGACACGGUCACUUUGGGUGAAGGGGACUCCAAGCCGGCACUUGAGCACCCACACAGAGCCCGCUGCUAGCCCAGCGCAGGCUGCGGACCGAGCUCGUGCCUGGUGGUGGUGCGGGACACGUGCUGAAUUUGAUACUUCCGGUUUUAUCAGAAAGUGGCCAUCUGGGGGGCGCCUGGGGUGUUCAGUCGGUUGAGCGUCCGACUUCCGCUCGGGUCAUGAUCUCGCGGUUCGUGGGUUCGAGCCCAGCGUCCGGCUCUGUGCUGACAGCUCAGAGCCUGGAGCCUGUUUCUGAUUCUGAUUCUGUGUCUCCCUCUCUCUCUGUCCCUCCCCUGCUUGUGCUCUGUCUCUCUCUGUCUCAAAAGUAAAUAAACAUUAAAAAAAAAGUUUCUUUUUAAAGUGGCCAUUUGGAAACUUCGUAGCAUUUAGGCAAUAGUAACAUAUGUUAGUGUGCUAGAACUCAGAUUUGUAUAAAAACUUAUUUUCCUCUCCGUUGUUUUUGUCCACUGGUUUUUCAUUUUCCUUUUUCCCCUCCCCACUUCUCACUCCACCUAACCUUUGGUUAAAUUAAAGUGACAUCCCUGACUUUAUAAAAAAAAAAAAGAAAGAAAGAAAGAAAGAAAAAAAGAAAUGCAUAGAUGGUGGAACAGGAUGGACUGAAGUUGGUAUGUUCUCAGACUUUCAUCCCCAUGAGGGCUUCUAGAUGUACCGGAAUUACCCAGCGACU